AUGACUUCGUUUGGCCGUGGACGUGGAUGGUCUAUUCAGAGCCAAAAUCCGAAUAAAGAACAGGGCCUGCGUAGACCAGGAAAUGCGACUUGUGGCAACAAUUUUGUCAAAGAUAUAAUAGAUAAAAUAGUUACCUACGAUGUACAUGAACAUAUCUCGCCACAACUGAUUCAGGAGAUUACAGACCUGCUAACCAGCGCAGUCAAUAAAGACAGUUUAAAGGAUACAUGCGAUAAUCUUUGGAAACAAGCUACACUUUAUGACUCACUUACCGCAAAAAUAGGAGUGAUAUUCAGUGAUUAUAAGGUUGCAUUGAUAGAAGAUAAUAAUAAAGAAAAUAUACGAAGUCGUUUCUUACGUCUCUUACAGGAUAAUUAUAUGUCGAGGGAAAAAUAUAAAAUGCAAGAUAAAAAGAAAUUUGCAAAUAUAGUCUUACUUCAUGCGGAAGUUUUUUAUCAUAUGAGGCUUAGUGAUGGUGGUAAAUUGAAAAUAUUGGCUGAACCAUUAAUUCAAUAUUUGGAAGAUCUAUUGCAAGAUAAUGUCAAAGAAAAUAUUUAUUUCAUAAUGAUACAGAUUCUUAGAUCUGGUAAAGAUCUUCAUGCAGUAUGUCCAGAUCGAUUAGAGAAUUUAAUGCUAAUAAUUAGGCAAAUGUUGGUGAAGGAAAACAAUUAUAGUUCUCAAAAUCGUGCAAUGUUAUUGUUAAUGAUAGAGUUAGUCAAUAACAAGUACGAAAUCAAUGAUAUACAACUAAAACACUUUUAUCUUUCAAACAUCAAGAGUCUCUCCUUUGAAUAUCCAUUUUCUCAGAAAGAAUUAAGAGUAGUUGCAGAGACAAAAACUGAAAAUGAUAAUGAAUUGCGAGAAAUUGAUAACAAUCAACGAAUUAUAAGAGAAGAAAUAAAAAAUGAUUUGUCUGAACAAGCCAGUUAUUCAAAAAAUCCUAAUAUUCCAAGAGCAAUACGUGGAUCGGGUGGGCUAGAUAUGCCAAGAAAAGGAGAUAACAUUAACACAAAAUUAAAUUCAUUAAAAGUAACACCAAGGCAAAAGAAUAACAAAGGCUGGGAUCAUGAUGAUAGAUUUCACAAAGAUUACGAGUAAUACGCACAUUGUACAGAACAGUUCCUGGAAGAUUAACAAGUUCUAGUUCUCAGAAGAUAGUCUUAUAAUGAAGAAACAGAAUAUUAUCAUUAUUAUAAUAUAAAGUUAAUAUUUGACUCAUAAAAUGAUCUUGACAUGUGCGUAAAAGUUUCCAAAUGUGAUGCUUUAUAUUUUAUGCACAAGAGUUAAUUCUGAUUGUGAGAAGACACAUUAAUAACAUCACUUGUUAUCACAAGUUUUAUAAAUAAUUUUUUUUUGAACUCGUAUAUACAUUAUCAUACAUCACGUUUAAA